CCACAUACUCCUCAUAUCCCAUUUGUACACUUUCUGUAUCAUCAUUAUGGACACAACAAACCCGAGCACGCCAGCAGCCACACCAUCGGACGCGCAUCGCGCCUCAACGCCCGACCGGCUGAUCUCGCGGUCGGACAUCCAGAGCGAAAAGUCGCUGGCCGAGUUCCUGGUGCAAAUGGACAGCUACGAGCCCAUCAUCCCGGAUGCCCUGACCGACUACUAUUUAGCGCAGGCGGGAUUUGAAUGCGACGACGUCAGGAUUAAGCGGGUUCUGGCGUUGGCGACGCAAAAGUUCAUUGCGGAUGUGGCGGCCGAUGCGUUCCAGUAUAAUCGCAUUCGGCAGCAAGGGAGCAAGGAAAAGAAGUUCCAGCAGAAGGACCGUAGGACGGUUUUGACGAUCGAGGAUCUGACGGCGGCGUUGUCGGAGUACGGCGUUAACAUCAAGAAACCAGAGUACUACUCGUAGAAAACAAGGAGGGUUUUAAAAAUGGCUACAUGCAUAAUGAUUAAGAAACGAGAGAGAGAGAAGCGGUUUUUUAGUUAGAGCGGUGAGAACGGCGGGAGUGACCCGAACUGCUGGAAACCGCCUGGCGACGUCAGUCUUAGGGGCGCAGCCGGGUCUGCCUGCGACUGGGCGGCGGAGUGGCUCUGGUUGGCCAUAUUGACGUCGUCGGUCGAGGCUGUGCGGUGCUGGCGGCUGGUACUCUGGUGGCGCGGCGGGGCGAGCUGGCUCGAAUUCAGGAUCUUCUCCGGGUACAGGGGUGUGCUCGACGACGAGCCGUCGCGCGAGGGCGAAAACAGCUCAGCCAGGGAUCCCAGGCUCGCCAGACCCGACAUGCCCUGCAUGCCCUGCAUGCCCUGCAUACCAAAUAUCACCGACUGGGCAUCUGACGGCAGCACUGGCGGCGGCGUGGCAGCAGGCGGCGAGCCAAACAGUCCCGACAGCAAA